UGUUGGAAGAUUUCGCCUCCACUGUGAGCCAGACUUGCUCAAGCGGCGGAAGGCUGGCUGGUCGUCUUCACUGUCUCUUUUGUUAGCUCUCGCCCUGAAAGAAAAGCACUACAGCCGCAUCCAUGUAAUUGCACCCGGGCUGGAAAAUGAUCAUCUGUACGAAUAAAAUGGAGUACCCGCUCAGAAGCCCGCGCCAGCGUAUCCAAAAACAGGCGAUGGUGACCAACGAGAAGGGGCGAGUGUCGCUGCUCUUCAAGAAGGCUCUGAUCAGCAGGGGCAGCGUGGACGCCGUCUCCCAGCAGAUGUCCUCUCACCCUCAGUACUUGGAAAGCUUCCUGCGCGCGCAGCACUACAUCCUACACAUGGACGGCCCUCUGCCACUGCCGUGCCGCCAUUACAUCGCCAUCAUGGCGGCUGCACAACAUCACUGCAACUACCUGGUGUACCUGCACUCGGCCCAGUUUCUGAGGCUUGGCGGCGACCCCCUGUGGCUACAGGGCUUGGAGGCGGCACCUCCACGGCUUCGCCUCCUCGACCACAUCAACAAAGUCCUCGCCCACCAGCCCUGGCUCACUGCCUGCUCACACAUCAAGACGCUGCUCAAGUCGGGCGAGCAGUGCUGGUCACUGGCCGAGCUGGUGCAGGCGGUAGUUAUUCUGGCCCACUGCCACUCGCUCUGCAGCUUCGUGUUUGGCUCCAACACCGACUCGGACUUGGCGCCCCUCAGCAAAUCUCCCAACAGUACACCGCCGACCUUCUGCCCCUUUGACGCUGCUAACGGCAACCCCAACGUGCCUCAGUCGGAGCACAUAACACGGCGACGGUCUUUGGAUUCGACUGGCGACGUGGUCUGUCUGAAGGAGAGGAUCCAGAGGUCCCAGGAGGAGCGAGACAAGCUGCAGACACUCCAGCAAAGUGGUAAACAUGAAGAGCUCAAGUGUUCUGAUGUGGAAGAAGAGGAGGAGAUGAUGUGCUUUGCAGACCCAUCGCGCUUCAUCACAGAUCCUAACUUCUAUUACCAGGACUUUGCCCGCAGGGACGAUGACCACUUCCAAGUGUUUCGAGCUCAGGACUACUCAUGGGAGGACCACGGCUUCUCCUUAGUGAACAGAUUGUAUUCGGACAUCGGCCACCUCCUGGAUGACCGAUUUCGAAGUGUCACCGCCCUCUCAUUGCAACACAGCCCCGACCUAAAGAGAGCCAUCUGGAAUUACAUCCACUGUGUCUUAGGCAUCCGGUAUGAUGAUUACGACUACGGAGAAGUGAACCAGCUGUUGGAGCGUGAUUUGAAGCUCUUUGUUAAAGCUGUGGCGUGUUUUCCCGACCCCACCAAAACUCCAGCUUGCCCGCUCAGCUGGGCUCCACUGAAACCUUCAGAGCGAAUCCACGUCAACUUGCUCAUCAUGGAGGCGCGCCUGCAGGCGGAGCUGCUCUACGCUCUGAGAGCCAUAACUCAGUACAUGAUCGCCUGAGAGCCGGUAAAGAAGCUCACUGUUGAUUUAUUUCUCUUCUCCAUGCACGGAGCUACAGAGCAGACCUGCUGAUGUUAGCGAGCGGACUCCGGUGACAUUUUUGUAAGAGCACAGAGCGCUGCAGGCGGGUUUUUGUUUUUUCUUUUUUAGUAACGCAGCCUCAUGUUCUUUUUGUCGUCAAUGAUAUUUAUACCAGAGCGUGCCACACACACCACCCUCCUCCUUCUCAUCAUCAUCCUCAUCAUCAGCAGCAUAGUGUCAGCACUUGAUGGACAUGUGCAAUGAACUCUUGUAGGUACUAGAUGAUUUCUUUCAACUUUUAGGACAAGAUGAAUGUUCUCCAAAAGGAGGAGAAGGAGGCGGAGGCCUUUUUCUUGGACAAUCGUAGUCAGUGUUGUCAUACUUUGAAGGACCGUUUUGGAUCUCCUGAGCUAUUUGUACAAAUGCUGGUUAAGAAAAAAACAAAAAAAAACAGGUAACGACAUCACCUUAGUUUCUUUUAAAUAAGCACUUUUAAAACUUUCUAUAUAUUUAUAUGAUGCAAGGAAGCUUGUUAGUAGAAAUGGCCUUUUCUUCUCAUGUGUCAGGGUUUUUAGGUCUCGUCUUCAGCUCUGAAUGUUUUCAGUGAAGACCUACUGAAGGUAGUUGUCACAACGGGAAAAAAGCCUCUUUAAGAAAAAGAGGAGACAAGAAUGUAUAAAGGCAGGGGUGUCCACAAACCUUUUCCGUCGAGGGCUGCGUACAUAGAACGAGGGGACACUUGGAUACAAGUUGUACAUCAGUUUAUGCUAAGCUAUCUGAACAAAACAUCCACAUCUUAGCUUUGUCGUACAGGCAGCAAAGCAAAUUAGUGUAAUAUAUCUCUUGAAUCAUUUGUUACAUUUUUACCACAUGCCGAGGAGUGUUAGGAAUGGAAUGUUUUUUGGGCCGCACGCAUGGUGGCCUAGUGGUUAGCAUAUUGUUAGCAUGCUGGCCUCACAGCCAGGAGGUCGUGGGUUCGUGUCUGUGUGUGGGAUUCUUGCGUGACUAAAUUGUCCAUAGGUAUGAAUGUAACUGUGAAUGAUUGUUUGUCUAUUUGGGCCCUGCGAUUGACUGGCGACCUGUUCAGGGUGUACCCCGCCUCUUGCCCAAAGUCUGGGAUAGUAAGAAAAAGCAGCAUAGAAGAUGGAGGGACUCUGUUUGCACUGUUAAGAAUGGAAUAUUUUCCCACUCUGUUCUGGAUAUUCUUAUCUACACCAGAGUAUUUUCCCAGAAUAUUUUAGUAAUAGUUGUUAGUAAUGUUAGUAAUUUCCCCACUGUGUUGUGGAUAUUCUCAUCUACCACAGAGUGGAAAAAUAUUUUGGGUAAAUACUCUGUUGGCACUGUUAGGAAUGGAAUAUGUUUCCACUCUGUUCUUGAUAUGAUUUAGUAUUUUCCAAAUGGUUGUUAGGAAUAGAAUAUUUUCCCACACUGUUUAAGAUAUUCAGAGUAUUUUCCCAGAAUACUUUCUCAAUAGCUGUUAGGAAUGAAAUAUGUUCUCAGCCUGGUAUGGAUAUUCUUAUCUACAACAAAGUAUUUUUCUACAAUAUUCUAAUAUUUUGUAAUAAUUGUUAGGAAUGGAAUUAUUUCCCACUCUGUUCUGGAUAUUCCUAUCUACAACAAAGUGGGGAAAAUAUUUUGGGGAAAAUACUCUGUUGUAGAUAUUAGUAUCCUAAACAAAGUGGGAAAAUAGUCCAUUCCUAACAACCAUUGGGAAAAUAUCCUGGGAAAAUACUAUGUUGUAGACAAUAUUCUACAGAGUGGGAAAAUAUUCCUUUCCUAGCAACUAUUAUGAAAAUAUUGGGAAAAUAUUCUGUUGUAGAAAUAAAUAUCCUAAAUACAUAUUACAUAAAUAAUAAAUUCCAUUCCUAACAGUGCCAACAGCAUAUUUGAUUAAAAUAUUUUCCCCACUCUGUUGCAGAUAAGAAUAUCCGGAACAGAGUGGGAAUAUAUUCCAUUCCUAACGGUGCCAAUAAAAAUGGAGUUGUGGGACAGUUGCGGGUCGCACUUUGUACACGCAUUUUAUAAAGUGAAAUAACAGUGGAUCCGUACGAAAGCCGAAGCUGAGCCAUGGACAAGAUGAUUGUCUUGUUCUUUUUCUUUGUUUUGUUGUGGUUCAGAGUCGAUCAAAUCAGAGGCGGACUUAUGGAAGCUCUCACAAAUUGUAUUAGCGGGUCGACACUGAUCACAUGUAUCAAAAUCCACAGUACGGUCUGCAAAAAGCAAAACAAUGUGUAACCUAGUCGUCUUUUAUUAUUAUUGUUAUUGUUAAGAUGUUGACUUGUUUUGUACACCGACCGGUCCAGGGUGUACCCCGCCUCUCGCCCCACGUCAGCUGGGAUGGGCUCCUCCAGCUUAGCAUUGACCCUAAGCGGUACGGAAAAUGUAUUGAUGGAUGUUUUGUACACUUACUCAUGUAGAUGCGCAGCAGGCUAUCGAGGCGCAAGACCUGGGAAAGGAGCAGAAGUGCAUAUCUACAAAAUAAAAGCGUUAAAACACGGGGUGCCUUCAGAUUAAAACUGGAGUGCUGCUGAUGAGGUCGAGACAACUGACAAGUGUUUUUUUGUGGACAUGUAAAUGUCUCAUGUAUGAGAGCCUUUUGACACAGGUGGAUGUUGCAGCUACUCUACAUGGGCUGGCAAAAGAAGAAACAAAAAUGCACAUAUUGUAAAACCAUCAUAAAGAGAACAAGUGGAAAGACAAAAAAAAUAUUUUUUUUUUGGAAAUUGUCAUGUUUUCUAUAAAGAUACUUUAUGAAAAGAACUCCUCCGUGUUAUUUUUCUCUGUCGUUGUUUACUGCGGUGGUUUGGCUGUGGGACCCGCCCACCAUCACCCUUCAAUGACAGGCGGAGACCCAAAUUGCUGAAAUUUCUGGAACGUACAAGUCUCAAACAUCUUAUUUAUUUCAUAAAUGAUGUUUGUUUCAAUUUGACAUGUCAGAAAGACUCUUUGCAACGGUUACGCGGCUGCCCACAGGGCGCUUACUUUUGAAGGUGUUGCAAGCACGAUGUCCCGCCCUCUUCCUGCUCGGAGCAUGGAAGCUGCACCCCACUAAGUUUGUUUUUUUUUUUGCACCAGUUGCAAACAGCCCCUUUUAAUGGAAAAACAUUCAAGUGCAGUUUGAAUUUGAGGUUGUGCAUGAUCAGCAACAAUACCUUUUUAGCCACAAAUUUGAAUAUUAUUUGAAGAAAAAGUGUGUGUAAAGGUUUUCACGACAGUACAUGUUAUAUCUGGGGAGUAUUGGCACACGGACCUAGGUGUGAAGUGAAACGAAGUAAAUAAAGCGAGUCCAAGUGCUGUGAUUCAACGCUCAGUAGGUACGUUUCAUAAAAAUACGACCACCAUAUCUUCUCGAGACUACCCCCUGCCUGGCCAAUGACAUUAUUAUUAUUGACAUUGUUAUGCCCAAGAACGACCCAUAAACAGGGCACGUGACACACCACGUGGUGGCGUACCAAGCGAAUAGCACCGACGCUAGGUGCGUUCCCGGACCUGCGACCCACCAGUUGAGAAUGACUAGUUUACUGCACCUUCUCUACAGUAGUGGUGUCACUCCAUGAAGUAUUUUUUGCACCUCAGUCUGGCAAGGAUGUUCAGCUGUACACAAACAAAAAUACCACACAGGAAAUGGAAACGUUAUCAAGGCUGCUUAAAAUGGGACUUACCUUUUGAGACCUGUCUGCACUCAUUAUGGAGAAAAUAGUUUUCACUCGAGGUGACUUGCACAGUGUUAGUAUAGUAUAGUAUGGCAUGGCAUGGCAUGGUAUGGUAUAGUACAAGUAUAGUGACAGCCACUAUGAAAGACUGCAAACAGGAGCAACAUAAACAACCAUUUGAUCUCUGCCUCACCUCUAAUCACAUUCAUUAUAAGCUUUUUAUUGACUUGUCACUGGAACCAGUUCCAGUAUAAGAAAUGAACUUUAUUUAUUUUGACUAUAAAUAUGUGUCAGUGAACGUCUCCCUUUUAAUGUUACAUUGUCCAGAAUUAAACGGUGACAAGUGAGCUGCUGCUAAAGCAGUGCUGCUCAAUUACAUAAAGGUUCAAAGGUUUGGUUAUCAUUGUUUUAUUUGUUAAUAAACAACAAUUAAAAGUGCAUUAAACCAGGCUGUAAAAACAGCUUAGUGUUUGGUUACCGAUUUGUAUUGCACACCAGAGCGAAGAAAAGUAGGGCAAAUGGUGCCAUUGAGCAACAGCGCCCCUCUGUGGCAUUCUGGCAGAAUGCGUGUACACGCCUAGUAACUGGUUGUGAGAGUCACAAUCGGUAAGACUAUUAAUCCCGUCAUUAAUUAAAAGGUCCCUUAUUGUAGUGUUCUUCAACAACGUUAAACAAGUCCAGAGAUCCUACAAUGGUGUAUUAG